AUGCUUCUACUGCUGUGUAUCACCGUCUUUCUCGCGGCGGGUGCUACGGCCAACAAGGUCGCCGGCAAAUUCCAAGUUCUCUUUUUCUAUCAGCUCUACAGACUCGAAGUAGACGCCCACGGCCUCGACGACUCGCGUAUGGCACCUGGCUGCGCCAAGAACGGUGUCGUCUGCGACAUGGAGGCCUUCGCUAAGGCAGUCUGCAGGGUCGACACCACCGCUGAGAUGGGCCCCGACAAAAAGCCUAUCAGGGACCCUAACACCGGCAAAGUCAUCCUCAAAAAGGUGCCUGAUUUGGGCAAAAUCGACUGGGCACGUAUCGGUGAGGGUGCAGAUCUCGAUGUCUUCAGCACUGAGUUCGACAAGUCUGGCUACCAAGGGAAUCUUCAGAAUGCUAAGCUCUUCAAGGAUUGGAAAGGGAAGGACAAUUUUGACGACGUUAUGAGCGAGGCAGAGGAUAUUGGUCUCAAGGCCAUUAACAAACUCAAGGCCGAUGGCAGGGAGCCUGUUGAUGACCGUAUCAACAAGAUGACAGCUGCACUCCAGACCCAUGCUGACGCCCGGCGCUACGACCAGGCAAUCACGAUCGCUAAAGAUUUUGAAAAAGAGAUAGGAAGAAAGGGAUUCACCGUAGUGUACACAGAUCCGAUAGAGCGACCACCGGUACCGGGUUACAGGAAAAUCGACGCGGAGCAGACUAUUGAUGUUAACAAGGGCAGAAGCGGCUUUGAUAAGGUUGAGGAGACGGUGAAAACGUUUAUUAAGGACAAGAACAGCGCGGGAUUUUCAGGGCGUCAUGCCGAGCUUAUCUACAAGACGCGGGAUAUCCAUAAACAUCUUGCAGAGGCGUGUCGAACAGGAUGA